AUGACUGCCGCGUCAGAAAUGAAAACCAAAAUGAACGAAGCCGGCUUCGAUGACAUACAAAAACAAAAAUACAUUAAUAAAAAACAAGCAAAACCAGAUAAAGAACCAGCUUGGUGGAUAAAUGGAGCCUUUGUUAUCGUCGUUCACAUAAUUACAGCCUUAUCACUGUUAUUAUAUACUCCCUCCUUUAAUACGGGGGUUAUGACGUUCUUUAUAUGUCAAUUGGCAAUGUUCGGAAUCACCGUUGGAUAUCAUCGAUUAUGGAGUCAUCGAGCAUACGAGGCCAAGGCUCCUUUACGUGUUGUCUUAGCCUUCUUGGGUACACUCGGAUUCCAAGGUUCCAUUAAAUGGUGGGUUCUUCGUCAUAGAAUACAUCAUAGAUGGACGGACACAAAAGACGAUCCCUAUUCAGCAGCUGAAGGAUUUUGGUUUUCCCACAUGGGCUGGAUCUUUAAGAAACCCCAUUAUCCAAAAAUGAAAUUGAUUGACGCCUCAGACCUCAAUGCUGACCCCGUAGUGAGAUUUCAACAUAAACAUUACGUUCCUUUAGCGUUAGUCAGUGGAUUUGCACUUCCAACUUUGAUCGGUGCUCUUUGGGGUGAUGCUCUCGGUGGAUUUCUGUACGGUGGCAUACUAAGUCGUGUUGUUAUUUGGCACUCAACAUUUUGUAUUAAUAGCUUCGCGCAUUGGGCUGGUGACCAAAUUUAUUCAACUGAAAUUUCGGCUCGUGGAAAUUUAUUACUUGCCAUAAUGACCAACGGUGAAGGUUAUCAUAACUUCCAUCAUGAAUUUCCCAAAGAUUUCAGAAAUGGGUACCGUUUAUUCGAUUGGGAUCCCUCAAAAUGGAUCAUCUUCCUUUUACACACCUUCACAAAUCAAGUUCCAAGUGUAACUCGUGUUCCUGACAAUGAAGUUCAAAAAGCAAUUGCCAAUAUGGAAUUAUAUAGGGCCCAAGAAAAACGACAAAAAUGCGAUUGGGGUGUUGAUUCAUCCUUGUUGCCCGUCAUUACUUAUGAGGAAUACAAACAAAGGCAAGAAAGUGAAGGAAAGGAAUGGUUAUUAGUUGACGAAUUUGUGUUGGAUGUUUCAUCAUUUAAAGAAGCGCAUCCCGGUGGUGCAAAAGUUUUAAAGAAUUAUUAUGGUAAAGACUCUACCAAAGCAUUUUAUGGUGGUCUAAACAUGCAUACUAAAGCUGCUAGAACCAUGACAGCAAUGUUGAGAGUUGCCAAAAUUGAAAAGUACAUCGAAAAGUUACUUUUCAUGAGAUUUUCAAAAAACAUGAGUAGUGACGGAACAAAUAACGAUGUCGACAUUCAAGUUCCAGAAUCUAAAAAAUCCGAAUUUAGUGGUUUUUUAAAAACCCUUUCUACUUUUACCGGCGACAUAUAUAGUCUAACGUGUCCUAGUUUUCUUUUAUCAGGCACUUCAACACUUGAAUACGGGCAAUAUUGGGCAGACUAUCCAGAGUAUUUUGCCGCUAUUUCUGAACCAACCAAAGAAGUCGAAAGAGCUGUUGCCGUGUUAAAAUGGUUCAUAAGUACUUUAUAUGGUUCAUUUGCAUCAAGAAAAGAUAAAGAUAAAAUUGAAAAAAAGCCGUUCAAUCCUAUCCUCGGUGAACAAUUCUUAGCAAGGUGGGAUGAUAGAUAUGGAUGUGGUGAGACCAUAUUAUUUUCCGAACAAGUGAGUCAUCAUCCACCGAUCUCAGCGGUUUAUCUUGAAAAUAAAAAGGCGGGUGUUUCUGCUAUUGGACACACCGGGCAAAAAAGUCAAUUCAGAGCAACUGCAGCUCGAAUUGAUGUCACACAAGUUGGUCAUAUAAUAAUUCAUUUACGAGAUCAUCCAGAAAAAUAUUUGAUCACUUUGCCAUCUUUACAAAUUCUUGGAUUAUGGAAAGGAGCUCCUUAUGUAGAAUUGAGUGGGCAUAGCGUGAUUCAAUCCAAGAAUUUUAAUAUAGUCAUUGAAUUUAGCGGAAAGGGAUGGCUUUCAGGAGAAAAACAUACUUUUAAUGGAGUGAUACGAAAGAACGGUUCAAAGGAACCACUUUAUACCGCUUUUGGUAAUUGGUCAGGGAAAUCUACUUUAGAAAAUCAUUUAACUCAAGAAAAGACAAUUUUCUUAGAUAUAGAAGGUACUAAAAGGGCAAAUCCUAUAAUUGCAUCAGAAGAUGAUCAAAAUCCUUUGGAAAGUAGAAAGUUAUGGAAACAUGUUGCAAAAGCUAUUAACGAGGGGGAUUUUGCUACGGCUUCCAGGUUAAAAGGUGAGAUUGAACAGCGUCAACGCGAUAAAGUUAAACGUGGAGAAAACACUUCUCUUCAAUACUUCAACUGGAUAGAAACUGAUCAAGUAUUUUUAAGUCUUAACGAAUUAAUUAAUAGUAAAUAUCAAGUAGAUGAUAAAUAUAAGGAGACUGGUAGCUGGGUUUAUAAUAACUUGUUAUUUAAUAAUUAG